AUGAGUGCUUCUGGGAUGAAAAACCGGUCCGCCAUCUUACUAUUUGUGACUGGAAUCUUUUUGCUUUCGACCAACAGUGCAAUGGAAAUGUCCAAAAGGCUGCCAUCCUCAGUUUCACUGAUAGAGAAUACAAUAGCUGUGAAUGUAUCAUCCAGCAGCGGUUUGUACAAGCCAUGGACUAGACCUGAUGUUGUCUUUGCGCAUAUUCACAUGGCAAAAACAGCUGGGACAACGCUCAAUGGGCGGUUUGCUGCAUUGUUUGAACGUGUCUGUGGGCACAAAGGAUACUCUUAUGAUUAUUAUCAAUACAACGAAAGGGGAAUCAAGAGAAUGAAUGUAACCGGCAGAAAUAGUAUUCAUGUGGGUGCAUACAAACACAAUCGGGGUAGAGUAGACCCGAAGGUUAUGGACGAAAUUGGGUAUGAAGAUUGUGACUAUAUUUCACACGAAACAGAAGUCGCAUGGUGGGGUAAAUUACAACAUUUACCGCUCGAGUUUCAUGUUCCCUGUCGAGAACAUGUUCAACACCUAAUGUCAAUGUGCAAUGAAAGGAGACAUUUGUUUGACUGCGAAGCGAAAGAUAUCAAGGUCGAAAUUGAGCGUUGUAAGAUGUUCACAGACACGAGGUUUUCAGACAAACUACAGGAAUAUUCAAAACUCCCAUUGAAAUGUUUCAACCCAAUUCCGAUGGAGCCAUACGAAGAAUACAUGGGAAACAUUCUGCAACCCAAAAGAAUGCCCGUUACAAAUAUAGUACAUCGUACCACAAACCAGGCACGGCCCAAGACUAAGGAAUGUAUUUUCGAACCAGAAAAUAAAGAUUUGAAGAAUCGAGUUGAAAAACUUCUGUUGGAGAUGUAUGACUAUCAUCGCUUCUGUGAUACCUGCGCAGGAUCAGAAAAUGAUCUUUUGAAGCAAAAAUCCUCGUAA